AUGGAAAGGACAACAGAACUUCUGUUAAAUCAAGUGUGUAUGAUCCAAGAGCCCCAUGUGAUAGAGUGCUCAAUAAAAGCAAAAUUAAACUCUAUGCUUGUGAAACUUAGCCAGCACUUACCAAGUAGCUCUCUUUUUCUAUUUCAUGAUAUCAAGCCAACCCUGGACAGUCAAAAUGUUAUUGUUGACAGUACAUGUGAAUGUGUACCACUUAAUUGUAUAGAAAUGGUAGAACUUACCUCAGAACAUGAUGACAUGGACUUGCCAUUCAAUGACGAUUAUGACAUUGCAACAAAGAAAUUCAAGUCAAUGAUUGAUAUAUAUGAAGAGAGAAUAACUGACAAUGAUGUUGAAAGAAUAGAAAGGUUGUCACGGGCCAGGACAAUACUUUUUGGAGGAACUAAAACAGGAGAAACUAACUGCGUCAAAUUUCAAAGCUGCUGCUAAGAGAAAAGUUGAACCUGAUAAACUUUUAAAGCAAAUCAUGUACAAAAUUGAAGAAACCACUAAUGUUUCAGCAUUACAGUAUGGUCACAUGCAUGAAGAUAAUGCUAUCAAUGAUUAUAUUAAAUACAAACACUCCCAAGGAAACACAGGCUUGACAGUUUGGAAAGUUGGGACUUACAUAUCAAAGAUUAGACCAGGAUUGGGGGCUAGCUUGGACAGAAUGGUUUAUGAUCCUUUGGCACACUGUAAGAAAGGUGGCCUCGAAAUCAAAUGUCCAUACUCUAAACAAGGUAUGACAAUUGAAGAGGCUUGUCAAGACAAGAAUUUUUGUAUGACUUUGAAGCCUGGGAUGCCUACAUUGAAGAUAGGACACCAGUAUUACUAUCAAGUCCAAGGGCAGAUGUAUGUUUCAUGUUUGCAAUGGGUAGAUUUUGUUGUAUGGUUUGGAGCAGAC